AAGAAAACUUGUCUUGACAAACAAUAAACUGCUUAUGUCCAAGACUAUUGUUUCCAGCAGGCUGUGCUGUGUUGAAUGUCCGGGUGAUAAUUCCAUUCUUUGAUCAUAUCUUUACAAUUGAUCAAGAACUUCUUUGACCGGGUGUUCGGAAAUGACGUUUGCUGUUACUCUCAAUCGCUUGGCAACAGCUCCUUGGAAGCAAACACGCCUGGAGUCGACAGUGUCAAACACUGGAAGCUGUUCAACUCUGCUUCUCUCUCUUGUCUGUGGCUUCAGUUCCAGACCACAAGGCGACCUUCACACACUCUACCGGGGGUAGAAUGAAGACCCUGAAAAAGCAAAGAGUCACUGACCUCCCACUGCAGCCUGCCAACAUGAACAAGCCAGUAAAUGUCGGACCCCCACCAGCUGGUGCAUUUAAGGAGAGACGCAUAAAACCAACGGCAUUCCGAAAGUUUUACGAAAGGGGCGACUUUCCUGUGGCCAUGGAACAUGAUGCAAAAGGAAACCGAAUAGCUUGGAAGGUUGAGAUCGAAAAAUUGGAUUAUCAUCAUUACCUGCCUCUUUUCUUUGAUGGCCUCUGUGAGACCACUCAUCCGUAUGAGUUCUUUGCCAGACAGGGAGUCCAUGACAUGCUGGAACAUGGUGCAGCGAAGAUCCUUCCCGUCAUCCCUCAGCUUAUCAUCCCGAUAAAAAAUGCCCUGAACACUCGGAACAAGCAUGUUAUUUGUACCACACUGAAAAUCCUGCAGCACCUUGUCGUAUCAGGAGAGAGGGUGGGAGAGGCACUGGUUCCCUACUACCGACAAAUAUUGCCUAUCCUCAACCUAUUUAAAAACAUGAAUGUAAACUCGGGAGAUGGUAUUGACUACAGUCAGCAGAAACGAGAAAAUAUUGGUGACCUUAUAAGUGAAACUCUGGAGGUGUUUGAACGGUUUGGAGGGGAAGAUGCAUUCAUCAAUAUAAAGUACAUGGUCCCCACAUACGAGUCCUGCGUACUAAAUUAAGUAAAUGGAAAAAAGCAUGCAUUGAAGAAUUGAAAUCUUUACUGGGCAAACUUAUACUGUUGUACUUUAAAAUCAUCCAAAUAUUUUUCAGAAAAUUAGAUUGUUAUUUGAAAUAGAAUCUUUUACAGGAAAUACAAAAACAAAGCAUUAUUGAUGGAUAAAACAAGUUAGAAAAUGACAAUUGAAUUAGCAUUGCUUUUCUAAUUUUCACGUUAAUUUGAUUUGAUAUAUCCUCUUGAAACAUCUCCAGCCACUAGAGUACUUUGACAAUAAGUAACAUCCAUUUUAUUAAAUAAUACUCUACACAAAUUAGCUGAGCAUUUAUGAAAAACCUGUCCAUGUACACAGAACAAUAAUAUUGCCUACAGAAACACUGAAUUGUUUGUUCAAUAAAAACAAUCAUUUAGGAGUUAGUUUUCCUUAUUCCAUCUUUUUUAUGCAAAGUCUAUGAGGAUGAUUUUUCAGGUGCGGGUGUAGAUUCCAGUGUUCUGAUGAUGUUUAGCGAUAUGCACCUCAAAGCAAUGGCUCGUUGUUGAAAUACUGCUACCUUUCAUUACUUUAGGAAAUCCCAUAGCCACUACUUUUACACUGGAGCAACACACAAGAUGCUGGAGGAACUCAGUGGGUCAGGCAGAAUCUGUGGAGGGAAAUUGAGAUCUUUCAUCUGGAUUGAAAGAUAGAGGGGGAGAUCACUGGUGGUGGGAAGGGGGUCUACUGUCCAUUUCCCUCCAUUGAUGUUGCCUGAUCUGCUGAGUUCCUUCAGCAUUUUGUCAUAAAGUCGUAGAGUCAUACAGCACAGAAACAGAUCCUUCAGCCCAACUGGUCCAUGCCGACCAAGAUUCCCAACUAAGCUAGUACCAUUUGCCUGCAUUUAGCCCAUAUCCCUUUAAACUUGUGCUAUUCAUUUAAAUGCCCAAGUGUCUUUUAUAUGUAGUUACUGUACCUGCCUCAAUCACUUCCUCUGGCAGCUCAUUCCAUAUACGGACCACCCUCCGGAUGAAAAAGUUGCCCCUUGGGUUCCUAUUAAAUCUCUCCCCCCGACCCUAAACCUAUGUCCUCUAGUUCUGUGAUUUCCCAACCCUGGGGAAAAGUCUGUGCACAUUCACCCUGUCCAUGCCCCUCAUGAUUUUAUACACCUCUAUAAGGUUACCCCUCAUUGUCCUACACUCCAAUGAAUAAAGUCCCAACCUGCUGUAACACUAUUACAGCGCCAGGAAGCCAGGUUCAAUUCUGGCCACUGUCUGGAAGGAGUUUUUACAUUCCCCGUGUGUCUGCAUGGAUUUCCUCUGGGUGCUCCGGUUUCCUCCCACAUUCCAAAGACGUACGGGUUAGGAAGUUGUGGGCAUGCUAUGUUGGCGCUGGAAACAUGGCGACACUUGUGGGCUGCCCCCAGAACAUUCUAUGCAAAAAGAUACAUUUCACUGUGUGUUUCGAUGUACAUGUGACUAAUAAAGAUAUCUUAUCUUCUCACUACUCAGUCCCUUGCG